ACCUGCGCGUGUGCAGUGUUGAGCUGCUGCCGCUGGCCCAGACUGGAUGGCGGGGUGCGAGCGUCUCGGGGGUCACUCCUCGCCAACCCUUCAGCCCAGGCCUUCAUGAGUGUACCCUCAGUGGUUCUAAUCCGAGCUCCGCGGCCCCGCGGGUGCCUGCAGCGGCAGGACCAUCUGGUCCAACCUCUGCCUUGGUCCCACGCGCACUGGCGGUUUCGGGCCAUUUCACGGACCUGGCCGCAGCGGCCCAGCGGAAGCCUGGGGACCGGUCCGAUGGAGCUGGGACCAGAGAGGCAGCCGCGGCCAGCCAGGCGGCGGCCAACGGAGAGCACCCUCAGGACAUGGCCGAGGAGCAGCCAGGGGCCUGGUUCGGCUUCGGCUUCUGCGGCUUCGGGCAGGCGCUGGGCUCCGGACGCGGGCGCCAAGUGCACAGCCCCGAGCCGCUGGGCGCGGGUGUGGACGUCUGCCGCGUGAGCGCGAGCUGGAGCUACACCGCCUUCGUGACCCGUGGAGGCCACGUGGAGCUGUCGGGCUCUGCUAGCGGCGCAGCGGGCGACUGCCGGGACGCGUGGGCCUCGGAGGGGCUCCUCGUGGUGCUGCGCGCCGGGCCAGGGCCGGGGUCCGGGGCCUUACUGCAGGCCUGGACGCCCGGCUCGUUUCUCCGUGGGGAGCCCCUGUGGGCCCAGGACGUGGUGUCAGAGGCCGAGGGGGAAGACGAAGCUGGCUGUGGGGCCCAGACUGGGACGCUGCCCCUGCUGCCGGGCGCCCUCACCUACGUGAGCCCGCGGCCGCCCUUCUACCGGACUCUGGCCGCGGAGCUGCGAGCGCGCCGGCUGGAGCUGGGCGCUGAGCAUGCCUUGCUGCUGGGCGGGGCCGGCCAGGUGUUCUCCUGGGGCGGGGGCAGACAUGGACAGCUGGGCCACGGGACCCUGGAGGCAGAGCUGGAGCCAAGGAUGUUGGAGGCCUUACAGGGCCUACCCGUGGCUGAGGUGGCCGCCGGUGGCUGGCAUUCUGUGUGCGUGAGUGAGACUGGAGAUAUCUAUGUCUGGGGCUGGAAUGAAUCAGGACAGCUGGCCCUGCCCGCCAGGAGUUUGGCAGAGGACAGGAAGACAGCCACAGGGGAAGGACUGAAGGAAGAUGGUGCUGAAGUGAAGAGAGCAACCGGAGGUGAGGAGGGAGCCCCUGCCCCCUUCAUAGCCAUCCAGCCCUUCCCGGCUCUGCUGGAUCUGCCCCGGGGCUCAGAUGCCGUCCAGGCCAGCUGCGGGUCCCGGCACACAGCUGUGGUGACACGAACGGGGGAGCUCUACACCUGGGGCUGGGGUAAAUACGGACAGCUUGGCCACAAGGACGCUGCCAGCUUGGACCGGCCCUGCCUCGUGGAAUACUUUGUAGAUAAACAACUCCAAGUAAAGGCUGUCACCUGUGGGCCCUGGAACACCUACGUGUAUGCUGUAGAGAAAGGGAAGCGCUAACUUGCUUGUACAUGUAUGUAAAACACCUGCCAACUCCCAUGCAGGCCACGGAAAGCCACUGCCGGCUCCCCUCCCAUCACAGUCCUCUCCCUUCACCUUACAGCAAGGUCCUUAACUGGUCUGCACUUCAGAAACGCCUGGAGACAUGGAAAACUCUGAUGCCCAGGGCCGGCAUCUCAGACAAUGAAAUCAGACCCUCUGGGUGCCAGGCCUAGAUACCUGUGGGUGUUAACGCGCCCCACCUCGCCUCAGGUGGUUUCCAUGUGCAGCCAAGACUGGGAACCAUUGUGCCUCUGUGUGCACCCUCACACAACGUAGUCUAGCCUGUUCUGCUUUUGAAUGUUAGGUCAAUGGAAUCAUUGUGUGUUCUUUUGCGUCAUAUUUUCCCUCAACAUUGUAUGAUCUGUUGCGUCCUGGAGUUCAUGCACUUUUGUGCUUAGGCUGUUCCACUGCGUGGUAUACCUCAAGCUACAUAUUCUUUUGUUGAUAGUUAUUUUUAUUGUUUCUAAAUUUUGGUCAUUACACAUAACACUUUCAUGAGCAAGUUGUGCACAAGUUCUGCAGACAUUCAGAGUUGAAUUGGUAAGUCAAGUCUACCUUUAACUUCGCUAGGUAACUAUCAUUCCUACUGGCAGUGCGGGGUUUAAGGUGGCUCAAGCAUCAGGUGGAUGUGUUAGGUAGAUAGUUAGGUUCUCCAGCUCUUCUCGGGGCACAGGUGCCCUGCUUGGGUGCUGUCUCAAGCAAUUGCUCCACCUGGGAAGGUAAGGACAGGCACUCGGUUUUGCUGUGGCCCCACCCUUAAUCCUGUCCCAAGCAACUGCUACACCUGGGGAAGGAGGGCAUGCUUUACCAAUCUGAGAAGGCCCCAGCCCAGGCAGGAUAGGAUUUAGAAAGUGACCUGGAGUAACUAAGGGUCAUUAUUAUGACAUCAGCUUGAAUCUGCAUUGUGGUUCACCCCCCAAGGUGGGCUUUCAGAGAGGUAGCUUGUGUAUAUGUAUAUGCAGAUGGAAUUUUCAGGACACCUGGAAUCAUUUGGUAACAUCCCACACCUCCCCAGAGCCUGCCCCCAGACUGGGCUAAUAAAACAAUUGAGAGCCCAGAUAGCCUGGGUCGGUCAGUGAGUCGUUUUCUUGCUCUCCGUUUGUGGAGACAGCCCCGUUUUUUUCUACAAUAAAGAGCUGCGUGAGUGAAACUGCUUCCUGCCUGGGGUUGCUCCGUCAUACUGGCCCCGCUGGUGAUUUUUCUGGACUUGACACUUUGGUGUGUCUGGUCCUUCACCUGCC